AUGUCGUCUCUCAUCAAGACAAGGAUUCUUAUCCUGUCAGAUACUCAUGGAUUACGCUUCGAGGAGGAUAAGAAACCACUCGAACCAGUCGACCUUGUCAUCCAUUGCGGUGACCUCACGGAAGAUUCCAAACUGGAAGGCUUCCGAGAAGCGAUUCAACUUCUCAAGGGAAUCGAUGCCCCUACCAAGAUUGUUAUUGCAGGAAAUCAUGACUUCUCUCUUGACGACGGGGUCUUCAAGCACAAGAUUGCAGAAGCAAGCAGAGUAGCACAAGAGGACCUCGAGCAAAGCAUCAAGGAUGAGUAUGGAGAUUACGGUGAGGCUAAGAGGCUCUUCACUGAAGCAGACCAUAGUAUCAUAUUCCUCGACGAAGGAACGCAUGAACUUCAUCUCCAGAAUGGCGCAUUGGUAAAGGUUUAUGCAAGUCCAUAUACUCCUGAAACAGCCGGCAGCACGGAUUGGGGUUUUCAGUACAAUGGGGCCCAUGAAUUUUCUAUUCCAAAGGGUACCGACAUUGUGGUGACACAUGGCCCGCCGCAUGGCAUGAUGGAUAUGACGCCAGAAAGGCAACGAAUCGGUUGCCCUCAGCUAUUCUCUGCCAUUGCAAAAUCACAGCCCCGGAUCCACUGUUUCGGACAUGUGCACAACAGUUGGGGUGCGAAGGUCGUUUCUUGGCGACCACGGAUUUCAGAAAAUCCAUCUCAUUUCAGCGACAUCGACAAUGCAAAGUCGCGGGUUGUCGAGAGUUUGCCGCGACUACAGGGGACCAAGUGGGAGUCCCCGGAAGACAGAAAAGCCAGGGAAAACAAAUUACAGCGAUAUGAGUCUCAAAGAUGUUGUGUCGCCAGUGACUGCCAGGGCGAUGAAGAGCGCCUGCCUCCGGGGAAGACCUUCUUCGUCAAUGCGGCACUGAUGGGAGACAAGGGGCUCUCGCAGCACCCGUGGCUCGUAGACAUUGAGCUUGAGCGCCAUUCAGGCGAAGGAAAUUCUUCAAGUGGCAACGCAAUGCCGGAAAAGGGACAUAACAUCCAGAAGCGAAAGGCUGCCAUGGCUGUCAGUGGAGACGGAGAAAGUAAGAAAGCAAAACGCGAUCUAAAUGAUGAUUCCAAGAGAUAA